AUGAGUUCAUUAUUAAAGAGAAAUUUACGCACUUGGAUGAAAACUGGAAAACCAAUCAAUUUCCUUCCCUCGUUAUCCUCAUCAUCCAAUUAUCAUCACCAUCAGUUAAUUAUUACCAACACAAAUACUAGUCACUUGAGCAAUCAGUACAAUAGAAUCGGAAGUGGUUGCAUGAAUAAUUCUUCAUCUUGCUAUCACACUUGUCUUUUCAAUUCUUCUAACAAUUCAUCAUCCACAACAAUAACAAGUGAUACAAUUGUUUCCCUCAUUCAACAAGUAAAAUCCAUUAUUCCAGCCAAUGCAAGAGUAUUACAAUAUGAACAAUCAGAAGAAAAGAAGAGUUUAAUCUUUUCACUUGCUCAACAAAUUCAAUCCAUUGUUAGAAUGAAGAGAAAUUCAGAAGAAGAAGUAUCAUCAUUGAAAUUGGAAUUAUUUGAAAAGGAUUUACUUUUAACACCAGAAGCUUGUGUUGAUGUCUUGCUUUCUCUUUAUUAUUAUCAUCAAUUUGCUGGAGAUUUAUCAAAGAAAUCAUUAUAUGAUAAUAUUUUCUCAAGUAUUAAUCAUGCUAUUGAGAGUAGUAUUGAAAAACCAAGUCCUGUACUCUACCACUUGAAAGGAAUGUUUUUACAAAGAUAUUCCAGAGAUGUUUUACUGCCAAGCUUUAAACAAGAAGAAGCUGUUGAUAAAUGCACAGAGGGUAUUAAGAGUUUUGAAAAAGCUUUAAGGUUAUAUGAAAAUAGUGAACUCAAGGAUUCUAAGGAACUAUACUAUGUUCAUGGAGAUAUUGCUAUUUUGAAUUUGUGGUUGUCAAAUAUGUUUAAAGCUCUUGCUUUUGUGAGACCAAACAUCAGUCAAUUUGAAGAAUCUGAAACAGAAAAGGAAUUCCAAAGAAUGAUUGAACAACAAUUUUCUGAAGAUGCUGUCAGAGAACAAUUGGAAAAUAUGUCCAAGUCUAAGCCAGUUCAAUCUGUUCCAGAAAUGGAAAAUUUGUUUUAUCAAACUGGUGAAAGAGCUAUCAAACAUUUUAAAAAAUCAUUUGAAAAAGUAAGAGAAGCCAAGACAGUUUAUGCCUAUGCUGGUGCUUUAUUCUUAAUGGAAAAAGUUCCAGAAGCAAUCAACGGUUAUGGAAUGCUCUUUGAAAAUAAUAGAGAAUUAUAUAAUGAUUUAAUUGAAGAAACUCUCAAGAAGGAAACAACAGUCAACUAUUCACUUUGUUUAUAUCACAAUCAUUCAUUUUCACAAGCUAAGGAUAUUUUGAGUGAAACUCUUAAGGAAUUCCCUGAUGAAGCUCCACUGGAGGCAUUCUUACUUCAUCUUCAAGUUGCUGAAGACCCAUCAUCAUUCAAUGGAGAGAAAGGAAAGCAAGCUAUUCAAAAAUUCAAGAAAUAUUACUUUGUAAUUGAGCAAUUAGAAAGAGAAAUGUCUAGAGGUGAUAUUCAAAAGAUUAGUUAUGAUCCAAGACAACUUCAAUUUUUCAAGAAUAUCUGUCAAGCUUACAUGUCUGAAUUAAAACAAUAA